GGAGAGCAUUGCACACUUUCGGAGAUAUUUUUCGUUUACUCAAGCUUCUUGCAAGAUUAUCACACCGUACGCGAUUCCAACCUCGGGUGCUGGAUAUUUGUGAAUAUCUUUGAUAAGAACAUUGAAAACAAUUUAAAAGUGUUUACUUCUAAACAAGCGUAGAAUUAUUUAAAUAAAUGUUGCCGCUGUCAUUAUUGAGAACCGCUCAGAAUCAUCCAAUGCUGGUUGAGCUCAAAAAUGGAGAAACUUACAACGGUCAUUUAGUAAGUUGUGAUAACUGGAUGAACAUCAACUUACGAGAAGUCAUUUGUACUUCACGUGAUGGAGACAAGUUCUGGAGGAUGCCCGAGUGUUACAUCAGGGGCAGCACCAUAAAGUACUUGCGGAUCCCAGAUGAAGUUAUUGACAUGGUAAAGGAUGAAACGAUAGUCAAAGGGAGAGGCCGUGGUGAAAUGAAAGGCAGGGGUGGCCAGGCGAGAGGACGUGGUGUUGGCAGAGGAGCGUUUGGUGGUCGCGGUGGUAGAUCAGCUCCUUUGGGUCGCGGGGGCCCUAAACACCCUCUCAAACAAAAGAAUAAAUAAUACCUUUACACAUGUAUCUGUGAAGAUGUCUCUGAAAUCCUGUUUUCAUGAAGUGGCAAACUGCCUUUACUUUUUUUUUAAUUUUCUACUGCUGGAGAAAAUUGUAUUACUUGAAAUGUUUUGUUACUAAAGUGGUCAGUAAAUGUAAUUGAAAGAA